UUUGACCCCUGUUUUUCCUCUCCAGUUUAGUAGAGGUGCAUUUGGCUGCAAGUCUGGGGAGGUCUCAUGACAAAUCAAUUUUGGAUUCUAGGGUUUCAAAUUCGAUCAUUCACCAUUGUCGAAUCAAGAUGGGUUAACUUCUGUUGAGCGAAUGGGAGAUACAAACGUAUCAAGUUUUGAAGCAAACACAAUGCAUUCAACCAGUAGAACACCAAUUUCUACAGCAAUAGCUACUGUAGAAAAGCUUGAAAAGUUCACUGGUAUUAACUUCAAACGUUGGCAGCAGCAGAAGAUGUUUUUCUAUCUGACUACACUCAGUCUACAACGGUUUAUCAAUGAAGACAUUCCUGUGGUAGAGGAAGGAACUCCUGAAAAUGAAAAAUUUAUUGCAACUGAGGCAUGGACACAUUCUGAUUUUCUUUAAAAAAUACAAAACUGAAGAUGCAGGCUUAAAGAAGUUUGUGCUUGCAGAAUUUUUGGACUAUAAGAUGGUUGAUAGCAAAACUGUCAUGUCUCAAGUCCAAGAACUACAAGUCAUUAUUCAUGAACUCCUAGCAGAAGGUAUGAUCAUAAACGGAACAUUUGAAGUAGCGGCAUUAAUCGAGAAAUUGCCUCCUUCAUGGAAAGACUUCAAAAAUUAUUUGAAGCACAAGCAAAAGGAGAUAACUCUUGAAAACUUGAUUGUUCGUCUCAGGAUCGAGGAAGACAACAAGACUGAUGAGAAGAAGGCUAGAGGAAACUCAACAAUUAUGGAAGCAAAUAUUAUUGAGGAUGGUCCAAAUAAAUAAAAAAAGAGAAAGAACCUUCUGGACCGAAGAACUAUCUUAGUAAAAAGAAGUUCAAAGGAGACUGCCACAAUCGUGGAAAAACUGGACAUAAGGCUGUGGAAUGUCGUACUCCCAAGAAGGAAAAGAAGAAAGGUCAAGCCAACAUAGUUGAUACAAAUGGGAAUGUUGAAAACUUGUGUGCAAUGCUGAUCGAAUGCAACCUGGUAGGAAAUUCCAAAGAAUGGUGGCUUGAUUUAGGAGCCACAUCACAUGUUUGUACGGUCCGAGAAGCCUUCGCUACUUAUUCCCCUCUACACCUAAUGAGACUAUCUAUAUGGGAAAUUCUGUAACGGCUAAGGUUGAAGGAUAUGGUAGAGUAUUCUUGAAAAUGACAUCCGACAAGGUGGUGACGCUGAACAAAGUUUGUCAUGUUUCAGAAAUGAGAAAAAACUUGAUUUUUGUCGGUCUUCUUAUCAAAAAUGGAUUCAAGUGCGUUCUAAUUUUAGACAAAGUAGUUGUUAGUAAGAAUGAAAUGUAUUUAGGAAAAAGGCUACCUCACUGAGGGCCUUUUCAAACUGAAUGUAAUGAAUGUAAUAGUUGUUGAUAAUAAUAAAGUUCAAGCUUCUUCUU